AUGAGAGCGAAUUGUUCCAACAGCUCAGCCUGCCCUGCCAACAGUUCAGGGGAGGAGUGGCCGGGGGUGCUGCCGGCACCUGGGAACCUGGCAAUUGUUUUCUCAGUGCUGUCAGCUCUGAUGAUGGGCAUGCUCAUGUUCUCGCUGGGGUGCUCUGUGGAGAUCAGGAAGCUGUGGUUGCACAUCAAGAGACCCUGGGGCAUUGCCGUGGGACUGCUCUGCCAGUUUGGGCUCAUGCCUCUUAUAGCCUAUCUUCUGGCCACCAGCUUCUCUCUGAAGCCCCUCCAAGCUAUUGCUGUUCUCAUCAUGGGGUGCUGCCCAGGGGGAGCCAUCUCUAACAUCUUAACCUUCUGGGUGGAUGGAGAUAUGGAUCUCAGCAUCACUAUGACAGCCUGUUCCACCGUGGCUGCCCUGGGAAUGAUGCCGCUCUGCCUUUAUCUCUACACCUGGUCCUGGGACCUUGAGAAGAAUGUCACCAUUCCAUAUCAGAACCUAGGAAUUUCCCUUGUGUGUCUGACCAUUCCUGUGGCCUUCGGUGUUUAUGUGAAUUAUAGGUGGACAAAACAAUCCAAAAUCAUUCUCAAGAUUGGGGCCAUUGCUGGUGGGGUCCUGCUUUUGGUGGCCUCAGUCGCUGGUUUGGUGCUGGCGAGAGAGUCCUGGCAUCCAGACAUCACCCUACUGGCUGUCAGUUUCAUCUUCCCUUCGACUGGCCAUAUCACGGGCUUCCUGCUGGCACUCCUUACCCACCACUCUUGGCCGAGGUGCAGGACAAUUUCCUUAGAAACUGGAGCUCAGAAUAUUCAGAUGUGCGUCACCAUGCUCCAGUUAUCUUUCUCUCCUGAGGAGUUGGUCCAGAUGAUUAGCUUCCCAUUGUCCUAUGGACUUUUUCAGGUGUUGGAUGGAUUUCUCAUUGUUGCAGCAUAUAAGAUAUACAAGAGGAGAGUGAAGAAUAAACACAAGAGAAAGAACCCAGGUGGUGCAGAAAGCUGCCAUAACAAGACAUCUACCUCUCCCAAAGAGACCAGUGCUUUCUUGGAGGUGAAUGAAGAAGUCGCAGUAACUCAUGGGCCAUCAGAGCCUAUGGAUCCCCCCAUGACUGCCGAGCCAACGGGCCACAUCUCUUCAUGUGCAUAGUAGGGUCUUGCUGGCCUGACUGAACACCGGCUUCCUCCACAGCCAGGAAAGAACGUGCAGGGCUGAUGCGUGGAUCUCAUUGGCAGGGUCUGUGGAAAUAUUUUUAUUUUUGUGGGACUUGUAAAUUGUCAGGAUCCCCUUUUGAGAAUGUACUCUGCCUAUUUCAGGGAGUCCUUCUGGGGUUCACACAACAUAUUUACUAGUUGCUGUGUCUUUGUCUCCGGUGCAGUGAAGAGUAAUUCCCAUUGUUGUGUGAUGUCAUCCUCACGUGGACUUUAAUCUCUCAAGAGUAGGCAGAUGUCACCUCAUACUUCAGGGCAA